UAGAUAUUACCUAUCAUUAUUGCUACCGUCAUUCCAGGCUCACACUCUAUCUUUUCUUACCACUCCUCCGCUUAUAUCCAUAUCCAUAUCCACACCCUCUCUUAUCUCUAUCUCUUAAUGAUCAUUCUUACUGACCGAGGUUGAGACCGGCUACCCGCACCGUCGGGGCUUUCGUUCCUCCUUCCAGCUCAUCUCUCCCAAUGAUUCCGUCACAACUGCUUCCGGCGCUCUUCUUGCUUGCGACGUGCGCGUGCGCCUUUCCGCUCGCCGAUCAACAACCGCUCGGCAACUCUGAGAUCUUGCAUGCGCCUCAGCUUCAGCUGCAGGACGAUGUCGACCCAACCUCUCGAGGCCUUUCCGGCCGCUUCUUGCACAUAACCGACCUGCAUCCCGAUUCAUAUUAUAACUCCGGAGCGUCACCCGACAGGGCCUGUCAUCGAGGAGACGGCUCGGCUGGAUACUAUGGAGCAGAAGGAACCGAAUGCGACUCGCCAAUUACUUUGAUCAACGAAACAUUCCGCUGGAUCGAGCAAAACCUCAAGGGCAAGGUGGAUUUCAUUAUCUGGACUGGAGACUCAGCUCGCCACGACAACGACGAAAAGAACCCCCGGGAACCAGAGGAGGUGCUCGACUUGAAUAAGCUGCUGGCGAAGAAGUUCGUGGAGACUUUCAAGGAUGAUCGGUCCGUGAAAGGGAUCUUGAUUCCGAUCAUUCCCACUUUCGGCAACAACGACAUCAUGCCCCAUAACAUCUUCAAGGCUGGGCCCAAUCGUUGGACAAAGCAAUACAGAGAGAUCUGGUCCAAUUUCAUACCUGAGCAUCAACUUCACAGCUUCGUCGAAGGUGGCUGGUUCAUUUCCGAGGUGAUUCCAGAGAAGCUGGCUGUGGUCAGCUUGAACACCAUGUACUUCUUCGACUCAAACUCGGCCGUCGAUGGCUGCGCUGCGCGAUCCGAACCAGGCUACGAGCAUAUGGAAUGGUUGCGGGUGCAGCUUGAAAUGUUGCGGGGGAGGCACAUGAAGGCUAUUCUCAUGGGACACGUUCCUCCUGCUCGGGCUGGCUCCAAGCGAAACUGGGAUGAGUCCUGCUGGCAGAAGUAUACCUUGUGGCUUCACCAAUUCCGGGAUGUCGUGGUGGGCAGCGUCUAUGGACACAUGAACCUCGACCAUUUCAUGCUUCAGGAUAGCCACAAGGUGGAUAUCGUCAAUGUCGACCAAACUUUCGCAUAUCUUGGUGGCGCUGAGGACUCGAAUGAGCUGUCUACAAAAUCCCGUUCCGAUUACCUCUCUAGUCUCAGGAAAGACUGGUCGAAGUUGCCGUCUGUUCCGGCGGGCACGUCAAAAAGCUUUUCGAUGGACGAUUGGUUCGAUGAGGAUGACGCAUCGGUCCAAGGGUCCAAGAAGAAGCAGAAGAAGCGCUUCUUGAAAAAAAUCGGCGGACCCUUUGCAGAACGAUACAGUGUUUCGUUGGUCUCUCCCAGCAUAGUACCAAACUAUUUUCCGACCUUGCGAGUCGUGGAGUAUAACAUCACUGGUUUGGAACAUGCAGCCACUUGGGCCAACACACCUUCCCACAGCAGCCUGGAUGACUGUUCUCCAGAAACGCAGGAUGACAGCCCGUUGCCUGAGACACAGGCACAGCAAAGCAAGAAGCCCCACUUCAAAGUUCCAGGCCCUCCGUCCAAAUCCGCGCCUCCGGGACCGGCGUACUCAAAUCAAGCGCUCUCUUGGCUCGGCUACACUCAAUACUUUGCCAACCUCACUAGAAUCAAUAGUCAGGUGGCAAGUCGCGGGGCAACAGACGAUGAAGCAAAAGAGGGUACUGGUUCGAAGCACGACGAUGUAUUUGCUUAUGAAGUGGAGUACAACACUCGAGACGACAAGGUCUACAAGUUGGAGGAUCUCACUGUACGCAGUUUUUUCAAGCUUGCUUCACGAAUCGCCAAGCGAGGAGGCCGCAAUAGCCAGUCUUCUUCUCUCGAAUAUGUAGAUGAUGCGGACUUGGAUGAAUUCGACGCAAAGAAUGAUCACGACGACCAGGACAUCGAAGCGGAGAAGAAAAAGAAGAAGAACCGUGUAUGGAAAGCAUUCGUGACGAGGGCUUUCGUUGGUCUCCUAAAGAGCGACGACAUUGACGACAUAAAUUGACGGGAUUGAUUGACUCUUCACUCGAUGAGUUCCUAGAAAUUAUACGAGGUUACGGCCCUUGGUGUCUUUUCUGAUCUUUGGCUCAUUUGAACGAAUUAUGGUGCAUGUAUAUACCACAUAUGCUAUUUGACUAAUUCAACAUUUGUAUUUACUUGAC